AUGUCGUCGCCUGCCGGAUCAAACCCGGCUGCCCCUUGGCGCAGUCUGUUCAUAGAGCACAUUGAGGCCAUGAAGUCGCCCGAGUUCACCCUGUCCACCAUCCGCAAGGUACCAAGCUCGUCGCCGCAAGCAAAGCAACUGGGCGCCAUCCAAACCGGCGACGGUUUCGCGCACAUUCCCCGGGCCCGUACUUGCAUUUUUCGGGGCAUGUGGGCAGGACUGAACGCAAACCCAAAGAAUGACGCCCCGCUCAACCCGGAGCUAUACGACAGCGAGCUGCUGACGUUUACUACCGACGUCCGCAUGGACAAGAUGCCCGAGCUGUGGGGUGCUGCUGCCGCCGCCGACGAGAUGGUACCGGGCACCGACGGCGGUAGUAAGCUGGACGGCACGGGCGGCGGCGGACCCGUCGAGGCCGUCUUUUGGGCCGAGGACGCCAUGGUGCAGUGGCGCGUGCGGGGGCGGGCGUACGUCCUGGGCCCCGACGUGGAUCAGGAGACGAGCAAGCCAACGAGGGAGCUGCUCCGGGACCGCAUGCGCAAGCGGGACUCGCAGCACGCCUCGGGCCAGGAGGCCGAGUGGAGCUGGACUCGCGAGGUGACGGCGCACUUUGGCAACUUGAGCCCCGGCAUGAGAGGCACGUUCCGGAACCCGCCGCCAGGUCGGCCGGUGAACCUGCCCGUGGGAGACGGGCUUGGGCUCGGGCAAAAGGUGGCGGACUUGGGGGACGAGAUUGCUCGCCGCAAUUUCCGUGUUGUCGUCAUUGUGCCCGAGGAGGUCGACCGCUGCGAUUUGAGUGACCCGGCUCGCGGCCGCAGAUGGCUUUACCGGUUUGUGGGCGCCGACGGAAAGCCCGAGUCUCCAGGUGGCCAUGUCGAGGAUGGGUGGGAAAAGGUCGAGACGUGGCCUUGA